CCCGGCAAGGAAUUCGCGAGCUGCGGCUGCAGGGAGCGCGGCCGGGCUAUCACAGGGCUGUCCUGGAGGCCGCGCGGUGCUUAGGAGGCUGCGAUGUGAGACCCACAGGGGAAGAUGCUAGCCUGAGCCCCGGGGUCCAGCCAUGGAAUUCCUGACAACGCCCCAGUCCCCUUCAGGGCCUCCAGCCAUGGACUUGGAGGAACCCAGGGACAUUCUUGUGCCCUCCGAGGACCUCACCCCUGACAGCCCGUGGCACCCGGUGCCGGGAGGCCCCAGCAGCCUGAGUCAGAUGGAACUUGAUGGGUCUAGUAUUCAGGACCUGGUGCAACAGUUUGAAGCUCUGCCAGGCGAUCUGAUGGGCCUGUCCCCAGACAGAGCCCCCUGUCCCCUACACAUUGCCACCGGCCACGGCCUGGCCCCCCCAGACAUCGCCGACGCCCAUGGGCUCUUGUCUGCUGAGGUCGGCCGGGAUGACCUACUGAGCCUUUUGCACUGUGAGGAAUGCCCACCUUCCCAGCCUGGUCCCAAGGGACCUCCAGAGCCUGCCCCUCGCCUGUUGCAGCCCCCUGAGGACCCAGAUGGGGAUCUCAGCGCCUCAGAAUGGGCGGAGGGAGCCUCCGCCGAGCGGGGGGACGGUGGUAGCUCAAGCAGCUCCCCGGAGCCCUGGCUGGAGACGGUGCCUCUGGUUGCACCUGAAGAGCCCUCUGCCGCCGCCGGUGCCCAGAGCCCCAAGACCCUGGCUUCAUACCCUGCCCUCCAGGAGGUCCCUGGUCCCUGUGACCAUGAAGACCUCCUAGACGGUGUCAUAUUUGGGGCCAAGUACUUGGGCUCCACCCAGCUGCUGUCCGAGCGCAACCCGCCGCCCAGCGCGCGCAUGGCCCAGGCCCGGGAGGCGAUGGACCGCGUCAAGGCCCCAGACGGGGAGACCCAGCCCAUGACGGACGUGGACCUCUUCGUCUCCACCAAGAGGAUCAAGGUGUUGACCGCCGACUCCCAGGAGGCCAUGAUGGACCACGCCUUGCACACCAUCUCCUACAUCGCCGACAUCGGCCGCGUGCUGGUGCUCAUGGCGCGGCGGCGGCUGGCCCAGAGGCCGGGACCCCAGGACGGUGGCCGCCGCCUCUACAAGAUGCUCUGCCACGUGUUCCACUCGGAGGAUGCCCAGCUCAUCGCCCAGGCCAUCGGCCAGGCCUUCGCCGCGGCCUACAGCCAGUUCCUGCGGGACAGCGGCAUCGACCCCAGCCGGGUGGGCGCCUGCCCCGGCCCGGGGGCCACGGGCUCCGGCCACCUGCACAACGGGGACCUCGACCACUUCUGCAACAGCGACAACUGCAGGGAGGUGCGCAUCGAGAAGCGCCGGGGGGAGGGCCUGGGCGUGGCCCUGGUGGAGUCGGGCUGGGGGUCUCUGCUGCCCACGGCUGUCAUCGCCAACCUGCUGCACGGGGGCCCCGCCGAGCGCUCGGGGGCCCUCAGCAUCGGGGACCGCAUCACCGCCAUCGAUGGGACCAGCCUGGUGGGGCUGCCCCUGGCCGCCUGCCAGGCCGCCGUCCGCGAGGCGAAGUUGCAGACGUCGGUGACACUCAGCAUCGUCCACUGCCCGCCCGUCACCACCGCCAUCGUCCGUCGGCCCCACGCCCGCGAGCAGCUGGGCUUCUGCGUGGAGGACGGCAUCAUCUGCAGCCUCCUCCGCGGCGGCAUCGCCGAGCGCGGGGGCGUCCGCGUGGGACACCGCAUCAUCGAGAUCAACGGGCAGAGCGUGGUGGCCACGCCGCACGCGCGCAUCGUGGAGCUGCUGGCCGAGGCCUACGGCGAGGUCCACAUCAAGACCAUGCCGGCCGCCACCUACCGCCUGCUCACGGGCCAGGAGCAGCCCGUGUACCUGUGACUGCCCCGCCCCACGCCACCGCUGUGCCUUCGCCUGAGUCCGUCCUCGGCCCACCUUGGCCACCCGGACC